AUGACUUUUUGGCAAUUACCUUUUGAUGAAAAUGAUAGUUUUAAAACAGUUUUUAUCAUUCCUUUUGGUUUAUAUGAAUCGAAUAUUCUUGCUCAAGGUGUUCGUAAUGCUUCUUCAAUUUUUCAACGUAUUACGAACCAUGUAUUAUCAUCAUGUACUGAUUUUUCCUUGAUUUACUUAGAUGAUAAAGCUAAACAAACAGUCGUAUAUUUAGAACAUGUAAUUAAUUCAACAACAAUCAGUCCUUUACUACAUAAAAUGAAAUCUAUUUAUUUAUUGCCAGAAUCUAAAUCUUUAGCUCAAGGAAAUCGCUUUAUAGGUGCAUUAUCAUGGUACAGAAAAUUUAUUCCACAAUUUGGAGGUCUUGUAAUACCUAUUCAUGUUGUAACUAAUCUAUCUAAAUCAGGUCGACAUAAAUUUAAAUGGGUACCUGAAUGA